AUGAAGUCUGCAAUUCCACUCCUCGCACUUGCCUCCCUCUUUGCCACUCAGGCCACCGCCCACACAACUCUCCAGUACUUCUGGACAGACUCCUCAACUUCCACAACUGACUGUGUGCGUGCUCCUCCCAACAACAACCCAGUCCAGGAUGUCACAUCCGCCGACAUGGCCUGCAACGUGAACGGAAAUGUUCCGGCAGCGUCUGUCUGCGAGGUCACAGCCGGCAGCACAGUGAUUCACGAGUGGCAUCACACAAACCGUGAGCAAGGUGCUACUGACGCCGAUGAUCCGAUUGCCUCCAGCCACAAGGGACCAAUCAUUACCUACAUGGCCAAGGUUGAUGAUUCCAGCACCGUCACCGACGUGACUUCGCUCGACUGGUUCAAGAUCGCCGAAGACGGUCUCUCCGGUGGUGUCUGGGCUGUCGACACCUUCUACGCAGACAAGACUGGAAAAUGGUCUGUCAAGAUCCCGACAAACAUCCCCGACGGUGAUUACCUCCUCCGUGGAGAGAUCAUCGCUCUGCACUCGGCAAGCUCGUACCCUGGUGCUCAGCUCUACAUGGGAUGCGUGCAGCUCCGUGUUACCGGUGGAAGCGGUGGGACCCCGAGUCCCACUGCCAAGUUCCCGGGUGCCUAUGCUUCGACUGACCCUGGUAUCACUUGCAACAUCUACUCUGGACUCACUACUUAUGAGAUUCCUGGACCGGCCGUUAUGUCGAGCUCGAGCUCCAAGAAGUCGAAGAAGUGGAUUGCCUAA